AUGGGCACCAAGUGGGAGCGGGGAGGGGUGUGGACAGUAAUGAUCCUCAAUGGGGGAGAGCUGGCGGCACUCCUACAACUGCUUUCAUCCACAAGCUGCGGGCAGUGCUGUGAGUUGCAGACAGUUCUCAUCGUCCUGCUGGAGCCGGGUCGGGGAGGCACGAGGUCCUCCUUUAGCCGCUUCAGCUCCUCUGGGGCUGGUGGAGGAGGGGGCCGAUUCAGCUCUACCAGUAGCUAUGGUGUGGGGAGCUCUGGGGCCUGUGGGAGGGGAGGUGACGGCAGUUCUGGCUCCAGUUAUGGCAGAGGAUCUGGGCGUGGUUUUAGUGUUGGGAGUUUUGGUGGAGGCUUUGGUGAGGUUCCAGGGGUUGUGGGGAGUGGCCUUGGCGGUGGUGCUGAAGGCGGAGAUGGGGGCCUCCUGCUUGCUGAUGAGAAGACCACCAUGCAGGAACUUAAUAGCCGGCUGGCCCCCUCCUUGGAUAAGGUGCAGACACUAGAGGAGGCCAAUGCCGACCUUUAGAGUAAGAUCUGGGGAUACAACAGGCAGGGGCCCAGGACCGUCCAAAAGGAUUACUCUUGUUAUUAUGACCCCAUCCGGGAUCUCAAGAACCGGACUGUGUACAUCACAGUGGACAGCAACAAGAUUCACCUGGACAUCGACAACAGUCGCAUGACCCUGAAUGACUGCAGGAUGAAGUGUGAGAUGGAGCAGAGCCUGCGGCAAGCAGUGGAGGCUGACAUCAAUGGCCUGCAGAAGGUGCUGGAUGAUCUGACCGUGCAGAAGUCUGACCUGGAGAUGCAGUAUGAGUCUCUGGGGGAGGAGCUGGUGGCCCUCAAGAAGAAUCAUGAGGAUGCGACGCACCAGCUAGGUGGGCAGGGCACCGGGGACGUCAGUGUGGAGAUGAACGCCACUCCUGGCAGAGAUGUCACCAAGACCCUCAAUGACAUGCUGGAGUAGGAACAGCUCAGCGCUAAGACCUGAAGGGAUAUUCUGCACCAACACGAGACUCAGACGAGCCACAUUGAGCAGGAGGUGACAGGUCGUGGCCAGGAGGUGGAGUCCGACAACAGGGAGGUGACCAAGCUUCGACACAGUGCCCAGGAGUUGGAGAUUGAGCAGCAAUCUCAGCUCAGCAGGAAAUUGGCCCUGGAGAAAUCCUUGGAGGACACAAAGAUCCGCUACUGUGGCCAGCUGCAGCAGAUCCAGGAGCAGACCAGUAACCUGGAGGCCCAGCGUGCUGAGAUCCGGGCAGAGGCUGAGUGCCAGAGUCAGGAAUACAACCUUCUUCUCAGUACCAAGAUGUGGCUGGAGCAGGAAAUCAAGUUCUACCGCAGCCUCCUUGAGGGCGGCCAGGAGGACUUUGAAUCUCAUGGAGCUGGACAAAUUGGCUUUGGAGGUGGCAAAAGAAGUGGAUCUCAAGGUGGAAGUGGAGGCAGUUACGGAAGAGGCCAGGGUGGAAGUGGAGGCAGCUGUGGACGAGGAGGUGGAUGCGGGGUGGAAGGAGGCAGCUGUGGAGGAGGAAGUGGAUCCAGGGGUGGAAGUGGAGGCAGCUGUGGUGGAGGAAGUAGGUCUGGAGGAGGAUGUGGAAGGACAUCCUAG